AUGGACCCUUCGGCCAGUAUACCCGAUGAUUCCGUUCAGACGGACCUUCAGUCCCAGGGCCCGCCGCCUGAUAUGGUAGAACACAUGGAAAGGGACAAUGCUGGUGAUAGCAAGAAUGCACAGGAGGCCACCGAUCCCCAAUCUACCCACAGGUCGUCCACCCCGGGUUCGUUCGUAGAAGGAAAACAAAAGGCAGAAGUCACACAGCCUGCAGCAGAGCCACAGAAUGAAGCUUCGAGGCUUGAUGACGACCAUGAUGACCAGGACGACUGUCCGGGGUCUCCUGACCUGCAGGAUGAGUCGGCCAACGCGAUGGUCCUCCCCCAGAAGCGCUCCAGAUCCGGCUCCCUGAAACGGUCAACAUCGCCGCCUGUUGAGCUUCCAGCGGGGCCUCGCGAUACGCCGUUGGACAAAAUCCAAUUGGAGCAGUAUCUUCAUAGGGAAUGGCUGCACUCUGCACUUGCCGCCAGCAGAACCCCUCGCCACGAUAUCCUGCACGAAAAGAGGGCGGAGCGCGAUUUCUAUCUACAGCUACAACACGAGCGUCAAGUGAACCCGGCAGCUAUUUUUGGAGUGGGUUACGAAGGGUUUGGCAAUAUUAGGACUGACCUUAAAUCGCAGCACCCGCAACUACUCUACCCAUCAAAUAGAAGGAAGCCUGGAGGGAGAAAAUCCCGGGACGUACGAAUUUCACGAGAAGAAAUGGACAAGCAAGCCGAUCAGCCCGAGAACUUGGUACCCAUUCGACUAGAUAUUGACUGGGACAAAGUGAAGCUCCGAGAUACAUUUACAUGGAACUUACACGACCGUGUCACGCCACCCGAUGUCUUUGCAGAAAAGCUGGUGGAAGACUUCGGUCUCCCCCUGGAAUCGUGCGGCCCGCUUGUUCGACAGAUCACACAGAGCAUCCAAGAUCAGUUGACUGAUUAUCAUCCCCACGUUUUUAUUGAGGAAGAGCCAUUAGAUCCGCAUCUCCCGUAUUUCGCUUAUAAGAAUGAUGAAAUGCGCAUAUUAAUUAAACUCGAUAUCACCAUCGGCCAGCAUACGUUUGUGGACCAGUUUGAAUGGGACAUCAAUGAUCCACAGAAUUCUCCUGAAGCUUUCGCAAUCCAAACGGCAAGGGAUCUGGCUCUUCCAGGAGAGUUUAUGACCGCAAUCGCUCAUUCUAUUCGAGAACAGACUCAACUUUUUACAAGAAGUUUAUAUGUCGUCUCACAUCCCUUUGAUGGCCGACCUAUCGAAGACCCCGACCUUAGAGCCGCCUUUCAACCAUCCCCUCUUACAUCUACAUUCCACACAUUUCAGCAAGCCAAAGAAUACGUCCCAUGCCUUUAUGAACUCAACGAAGCUGGUCUUGAGAGAGCCGAAGGGGCCGUCUCACGCGAGCAACGACGACAAAAACGUUCUGUCAAUCGUCGUGGAGGUCCAGCCCUUCCGGAUCUGAAAGACCGGCAGCGUACCAUUCGGACCAUGAUCAUGUCGUCUGUUAUUCCUGGAGCUGCGUCCUCAAUUGAGGAAACUCGAAUAUUCAAACGAUCUGGUGCAGGUAGAAGCCGCCGUGCAACAGCUGGCCAGCGUGACGGCUUGGAAGAUUCCGAUGACUCCGAUAGUGAUGAAUCCUCCGGUGCCUCCCCAGCCAUGUCUCAUUUGACCCAAGGCACUGCGAGGACCCGUAAUAUGCGUACAGCCUCUGCAAUCGCGCAGUCAGCAAUGCGCAGCCACCUCACUCGCUCAGCAACUCCCGAAGUUUCGUCUAUUCUUGAAACCAGAGCGUCUGCAAGGAGACGGGAUUACCGCGAAGAAAGCUCGGAGGUUCCAGAGAAACUCAUCGUUAAACUCAGGAUCAACCCACAGAGACUCCGCCAAUUCAUGAGGGACUUGAAAGCGAGGCAAAAGGGCUUCAUCGGUUCGCCUGCGACUCCAAAUGCACCAACCCCUGUUCGCCCUGCAUUCACCCCUGCUCGCGGUUCCAUGGGACCUCCCGCCUCUCAACCGGCAGCUACUCCUAAGAAACCAACGCCAUCCCAAUUAAAUGGUGUCGUCGACGCUCCUCACCCGCCCCAACCCGGUGUCCCUGGUCCUCCUCCACCACCCUGGCUAAACCGUGGCUUGAACAACCUCAAAAAGAUUUAUCCCCGUGACUCGUUUGAAGGCACAAUGCGCUACACAGCUGUUGACCCACAAACUAACUUACCGAUCCCUAACGCGGCUGCAACUCACCCGGGACAAAAGCUAGUUUAUAAGUACUUUCCUCGAAUCCGAUGCCAUGACUGCCCUGGAAAGCUUUAUACCCCUGGCCCAGCAUUGACCGUGGACAAUUUCGAAGUUCAUCUGAAGAAUAGACAGCAUAAAGAGAGAGUUGAGGAACGGCAUGCUCGCAUAGCAAGGGAAACAGGCGUUGCAAGUGUCCCGACGGUACCGGCUGGCGGAUCUGCUUCUUGA